AUGUCUGUUGUUGGCUCCCUGAUCUUUUGCGUGGACUGCGGUAAUCUACUGGACAGUCCGUCGAGUGUACCUGGAGACUCUGUUACGUGCUCGCAGUGCGAUGCUCACUAUUUGAAGUCGUCAUUCUCUCACUUGAAGGUUGUGACUAGUACAGCGCCAGAUGCGUUUCCGUCGGCACUGAGGUCGAAGCAGUCUGUUGUGAAGACGACGUUGAAGAAGAACGAAUUGGAUGAAGGUGCCACGAUCAGCGAGAAGUGUCCUCAGUGUGACAACAAUGAAAUGCAUUACUACACGCUGCAGCUGCGUUCAGCAGACGAAGGUGCGACUGUUUUCUACACUUGCACCUCGUGUGGAUACAGAUACAGGACGAAUAACUAG